CUAAAACCAUGACCUUCUAGACCAUGCUAAAACAAACUGUUACUGUUGCUCUUUAUGUACUACUUUUCUUUCUGUACAGUUCACUGUAAGGAAUUUGACAAAAAUUUUUCAACCAAUUCAGCAGAGUUGGAGAAUUCAACAUCCCCUGCCAUGGAAUUCUGGGAAAGGCGAGUCCUUAACAUCUCAGGAGGAAUUGAAGAACUUGGCAGUUUACACUGGGAGAUGGCUCUCUGCCUCUUGCUUACUUGGAUCAUCUGCUAUUUUUGCAUCUGGAAGGGAGUCAAAUCGACAGGCAAGGUAGUAUACUUUACAGCAACAUUCCCUUAUGUCAUGUUGCUCAUACUCCUUGUGAGAGGACUGACACUGCCUGGAGCCAAAGACGGGAUCAUCUUCUACUUGUAUCCAGAGCCAUCUCGACUUGCAGACCCAGAGGUAUGGAUGGAAGCUGGAACACAGGUUUUCUUCUCUUAUGCUGUCUGCUAUGGCGGUCUAACAGCACUCAGCAGCUACAACAAGUACAACAAUGACUGCUACAAGGAUUGCAUUUACCUGUGUCUAAUGAACAGUGGCACAAGCUUCUUGGCCGGGUUCGUUGUUUUCUCCACACUGGGUUUCAUGGCAUAUGAACAAGGAGUGCCCAUCAAAGACGUGGCUGAGUCUGGUCCCGGUCUCAUCUUUAUCGUGUACCCUAACGCUAUUUCCAUGAUGCCUCUUCCUCAACUCUGGGCAGUCUGCUUGUUUCUCAUGGUAAUAUUACUUGGACUGGACACUGAGUUUGUCAGCUUGGAAAACUUUAUGACAAUCACUAUGGACAUGUUUCCCAUACUACUAAAAAAGAAAAGAAUGAAGCAGAUGGUUCUGGUUAUCACCUGCAUCCUCUCCUUCAUAAUUGGGCUUCUGAUGGUUACAGAGGUAAGAAACAGAAAAUACACAUUUGUAUUUAAAAGUGUUAUGCCAACAAUGACAAGAAGCAUCAUGGGGAUCCUUGAUACCUUUUUAAGAUUAAUUAGAACAAAAAUUGUGGUUAAUGCUCUUGACAUGCUUUUGACAAUUUAG